AUGACCCCCUACCCACUUUCUCCCCCUAAUACACCUCAACCCCCUCCAGAUGCCGAGAAUCUGGGCUGUUUCUUACAUCAACGAAUCUUGCCUUACGGAGACUUACUUCAUCUUGGCCUUUCUCCGUCAACAGCUUCCACGACAGUGCCGGAAUGGAUUGACGCGGGCGACCCGGAACACAUUGCAGCCGUCGACGGAAGCACAGUGUUGACGGUAGCCCGCAAUUUUGACACGCCUCUUGAUUGCCUUGACGGGAAUGGUGGUGUGAGGUCAUUUGUGGUCAAUCGAAAUGGCCCCUUCUUGUCCAACUCCCAGGCUGCCCUUCCGCCAAGGUCACGGGAGCGACAUGACAGUAUUAGCGGAAACGAUGGGCUGCAUGCUGGCACCGUAUCUACGGGCGUCAUAAGCCCUGACGCUGCAAUCGCAACUUCCUCUCGACGGCGACCUCAAUCCUGCGGGACAAACUCAACAAAACCACCAACGACGCUAUCAAUCGUCCAGUAUACGCCUACUGACUGCUCGAGAAGCAAGUCCUCCAAAAAGCGGCCCGCGUUUGAAGAAUUGGUUCUCGAGGGGUUGCCUUCACAGACCUCCCAGAAGAUCCUCCGCGAAGACAAGACCGGACAAGUUAAAGGAACCAUGAUGACAUUCGGAAAGCCAAUCAAGAAGAGGACCGCCUUCAGCGAGGAAAAGCGCCAGCUAACGGCCCAAGCGAGGAGGGAGGGCGUUUGUCGCCGAUGCAAGAAGUCUAAGAGACAGUGUGAUCUAUCACGGCAGCAGAGCCCCUAUGUCAGCUGUACCCUUUGCGCUUACACCAGGGUAUACAAGAACGUUCCCAGAAUGCCCUGCUUCAGAGCGACUCUGGAAGAUGUCCUCUUUUUCCGAUCAGGGCCUGCGCUGAACGAACCAUUCUUCACUACUCGACAAGCGGUGUACAACCUCGAUGACCCGUCCGAGAGAAAUGCCCCAGUAAGAACAUUGGAACUCACUCAACAUCUCGGCUCCCACCGGUUGACCGUCUACGCCGCCAACUUCAUCCCGUCGCCCGGCGACGUUACCUUUUACAGGUGGAAAGAUGCCUCUGGGAAGGCUCGCAUUAUGAAGAUGCCCAAUUUCUGCCUGACAAAUAUCAAGAAGGUUGAGGGCCACAUCCUUCAAUACAUUGAGACCACCGGGUGGGAAUCCCUGAAAUCUGUCAAAGAAGAAAACGACCUGGCCUGGAUGACCGUGGCAACCGCGGUGGAGUAUGCAAAAAGGAAGCCGGACUCUCUGGUUGCCGAUGCACUCAAUCUAUGGGCAAUUUCAAGGUUAAUAGAGAUCCCGUGGGAGAUAUGCGGACCCGACACACUCGACGUCUCGCCGAUCAGACACUUUGACACCCCUCAGCACGAAAGAAUGCCGAUCCCGCCAAUUAUGGAUACGCAACUUGAUCAGAUUGUGAUACAGCGGAUUUUGACUCCUUUGCGGGCUAAAAUCCUGAAGAAAUUCGAGCAGCUGAUCACCCCUGCCAAACGUGAAGCCUGGUUUGAAGUCUACCUCUCGGCGUUUGUAUUGCUCAACCACAUUGAGCGGCUGGCCAGGCACUCGGCCUUCCAUGCCAGGAUGCACGUAAUGCCGUCCAGAUAUUCUAACACCGAUUUCCUGGAACGCGCCUUCCACACGGCCAAGAGCAUUCUGGCCCGAUUCCACUUCGUUUGUAACGGAUCUGCGCCACUUCGGUUGGACUGGAACUCGGCCAAGGCAGCGGCAAUGGCAGAGCUCCAACCGAGCGAGGUUGAUUUUAUGAGGAAGACGCAGGCCAUAAUUACCAAGAGAGAGGCUGACAUUGCCAUCCUCCGGAGAACGAAUGACUAUGGAAAGCCGAUGUAUUGGGGCGGACAGCUGUUCUUCGAGAAUUGGGAUGCGUCACCGGUACAUGUUGUGGACGCACGCGAGGAGGUUUCUGUGAAGGCUGAGGUGUAG